AUGACAGGAGAUAAUCAGAGCAGAGUGUCUGAAUUCCUCCUCUUAGGGCUGCCCAUCUGGCAGGAAGAGCAAGACAUGUACUAUGCCUUAUUCCUGGUCCUGUACCUGACCACGGUGCUGGGGAACUUGCUCAUCAUCCUGCUCAUCAGGCUGAACUCCCACCUCCACACCCCCAUGUACUUCUUCCUCAGCCACUUGGCUCUCACUGACAUCUCUUUUUCAUCAGUCACAGCUCCAAAGAUGCUCAUGAAUAUGCUGACACAGAGUCAAUCCAUCUCUUAUGCUGGGUGUGUUUCUCAGGUAUAUUUUUUUUUAUUAUUUGCAGGUCUUGACGACCUCCUUCUCACCUCAAUGGCCUAUGACAGGUAUGUGGCCAUCUGUCACCCCCUACAGUACACCACCAUGAUGAGCCAGAGAGUCUGCUUCUUUCUAGUAACUGUGUCCUGGGUUUUGUCCUCUGCCAAUGCUCUUGUACAGACUCUCCUCCUAGCCCAUCUCUCCUUCUUUAGAAAUAACAGCCUCCCCCAUUUCUUUUGUGACCUCAGCACCUUACUUAAACUAUCUAGUUCUGACACCACUGUCAAUGAGCUGGUCAUUCUCACUGUAGGACUGGUCUUCACUAUUGUGCCAUUCAUGUGCAUUCUGAUGUCUUAUGGUCGCAUUGGGGCCACCAUCCUGAGAACUUCCUCAAUCAAGGGAAUUGGCAAAGCCUUGUCCACAUGUGGCUCACACCUGUCCGUGGUUUCUCUGUACUAUGGAACAAUUAUUGGGCUCUACUUUUUCCCUUCAUCCAGUAACACUAAUGAUAAGGAUGUCAUUGUAGCCGUGUUAUACACUGUGAUCACACCCAUGCUGAAUCCCUUUAUUUACAGUCUAAGGAAUCGGGAUAUAAAAGGAGCUCUUGUAAAUAUCCUUAGUAGAGGAACAUUUUCAGGGUAA